UCUGAGCUAUUAGUUAAGUUCUCCCCAAGCGAGCUCGAUGGGCCGAAUGGCCUCCUCUCGUUUGUAUAGUUCUUAUGUUCUUAUGUUCUUAUGUUCAGGGAUUGAAAGCAUCUCCAUAAAACCACGUAGUGCAAUAGCCAAGAAAUAUGACUGGUGUCAUUUUAAAAAAUAAUUGGUUGAAAAGAGACAUAUUUACUUAUUUAUGCCAUGAGAAUCUUCUUUGGUGGAUUUCAAUUGAAAAACACCCAGAAGCUUGAAUGUCUGUUUUUUUUUGGUGCUACCAUGGCGAUCGUGAUCAGCAUCAUACCGAAUCACUCAGGCUCAGUGAGUGUCAGUCACUUCAUCGUCUGCUUCCAUUCUGUGUUAAUACAUGCUUCAGAUUAUAUCCGUGGAAAGAGGUCAAGUGACAAUAUACACCCUGCAGACCUUUACUGAGUAAAUAACUGGAAGAUUGAUGGACUUAAACAAUUCCAUUAAUUUGCUUCCCAUAUCAGCUUUAUGUGAUUCAUUUUUGUAAGUAGUUUAUGAUCAAGACCUAUACACUAAAGUAUAAAAUAUCUGAUAUAAGAUAAACUUUAUCUAUCCCUGGAGGAAUACACUGAAUGGGCCGUUGCACAGCAGGAUACAGAUGCUUAGAGUAAUAUGAAAACUCUGUGACAGGUUUUAAAUAAGACACUCUAAAGAAAGAAAUAGAUGUGAUUUUCAUGGAAGCUUAGGGCUGAGUUGUAACUAAAUGACUAACAGAAGUCAGUUUUGGAAUCUUUAAAUGGCAGAGUUAAGAUAAUUGGAAACAUAAAGCAAUUUGUCCUGAUGGGCUUGGCACAGAUGGAGGACAAGAGGUCCUCAGCCAAUGGGCAAUGUAGGAGAGUGCAUGUGCCAGGCGUGUGUGUGUAUAUAUGGGAUGGGAGGGGGGGGCACAGAGUACAUGUCUGCAGAGACCUCGAACCACCAUGAAGGAAGCGCUGGUGUCUCUCCUGCUGCUGGCCACCCUCUGUUCGGCUGUCCCAGUCCAGGGCGAGGUCAGCGUGGUGAAGCUCUGCGGCCGGGAAUUCUUCCGCGCCAUCAUCUACACAUGCGGGGCAUCCAGGUGGAGGAGACUCCUUCUCCAGGAAUCCCAAGAUGUGGGCGGCAAUGGGCAGAAGAGGCUCCAGGCCCUUUUCGACGGUUCCAGGAGGGAUCCAUCCCGCCGGACCUUGGAGAAGGUGAUCACAGACAUGUGCUGCCAGGUGGGAUGUCGGAAGAAUGACCUGACGAUGUUCUGCUGAGGGAGGGAACGUAGCUGUGUGGCCUACAUGACACCGUCUGAAUGCGUAGAGAGCUUGAUGCCUUUUAUAAAGAAGCAGGAAUCCAGCAGCAGACUGCAAACCACAUGCUGUUCCAUCUCUAAGAAACAAUAACAAUAAACAAUAAAUUCCACUCAAGAUUG